UUUCAGUUUCCUUUUGACUGAGGGACCCUUUAAAAGAGAUGUGCUGUAUACCAACUGUAUUCAUUGCUUCACUGCAGCUGAAGUGUCUACACUGCUCUCUCUGAAUAACCAUGGACAGCUACAAGAUCAGCCCAAACAAUGCAUAUCGCAAUGGAACCAACUUAACAAACAACGAUGAACUGAGGAUUGUGAUGGUGGGGAAGACUGGAAGUGGGAAGAGUGCUUCUGGAAACACCAUUCUGGGUCGACCCUGCUUUGAAUCCAAAUGCAGCCCCAAAUCCAUGACUGUUCACUGCUCCAAAUGCAACAGUCAGGUGGAUGGACAGCAGAUUGCUGUCAUUGACACCCCAGGUCUGUUCGACACCAGGUUUGAACAAGAUAAAACAACCAAAGACCUGAGUCAGUGCAUCUUCUAUGCUGCUCCUGGACCCCAUAUUUUCCUCAUAAUUGUUUCAGUGAACAGAUUCACAGGAGAGGCCAUACAAUCAGUGGAAAUGAUUCAGGAAAUCUUUGGAGAAGCUGCAGACCAAUACAGCAUGGUUCUCUUUACUCAUGGAGACAACCUCGAUUCCGACAUUGAACAUUUCUUGUCUGAGAGCCCAGAACUGCAGGACCUGGUGUCCAGAUGUAACGGCCAAUAUCAUGUCUUCAACAACAAGGUGGAAGACAAGAAACCUCAGGUCACUGAGCUGCUCCAGAAGAUCAGGAACAUUGUUAAAAAAAAUGGAGGAAGUCACUACACCAACGAGAUGUUCCAAGAGUCUGAGAGGGCAAUCGUAGAGAAGAAACAACGUAUCCUGAAGGAGAAAGAAGAGGAAAUACGUAAAGAGAAAGAAGAACUGGAGAGAAAAAUAAAAGAGAAGUACCAGACCGAGAUGCAGAAAUUUCAGGAGCAGCUCCAGGCUGAGAGAGAGAGGGAGAAGAAGGAGAGAGAGGUGGAGAGGAGGAGGGAGAAGGAGAAGAUGACAGAGGAGAUAAAAUGGGAAAUGGAAAAGAGGGAGGCAGAGAGAAGGGAGAGAGAAAGGGAGAUGGAACAAAGGAUUGAAGAAUUAAAGGAACAGUCUCAAAAAGAAAUACAAGAGGAACAUGCCAAACUUCAGUCUUACUAUGAAUCCCAGGCCAGAGGUGAAGCGGAAAAAUAUGAUUCUCUCUAUCAUCUGGGAAAAGUUGCAGAACAUAUUUACAAGGCAAUCUCUCAACUUGUCUCUUACUCAGAUCAAUAAUAUGCAUGCAUGAGUCCUUUCAGCUGCUCCCUUAUUCAGGAGAUGCUAUAACACGUCAUUAAAAACUUAGCAGUUCUGUGAUCGAGAUUUAUUGUGUCAGCCUCUCCUCAGCUGAGUGUAACACGACAUAUAAACAUUUGACUAAUCAAUAAAUACUGCU